GGCAUGCCGCCCCCUGGGAAAGUGUCCCGAAAGGAUAACCUGGGCCUGCAGUGUGAGUGGGGGUCCUGCUCCUUUGUGUGCUCGGCCAUGGAGGCAUUCUGUGAGCACGUCACUCAGCACCUGCAGCAACACCUGCAGCAGCACCUGCACAGCUCUCAAGAGGACGAGGAGGAGGAGGAUGACGACCCCCUGGAGGAAGAAUUCUCCUGCUUGUGGCAGGAAUGUGGCUUUUGUUCUCUGGACAGUUCUGCUGACCUCAUCCGCCAUGUCUACUUCCACUGUUACCAUACCAAACUAAAACAGUGGGGGCUGCAGGCCUUGCAAAGCCAGGCUGACCUCAGCCCUUGCAUCCUGGACUUCCAGAGCCGGAAUGUGAUCCCUGACAUCCCUGACCACUUCCUGUGUCUGUGGGAACACUGCGAGAGCUCCUUCGACAACCCUGAGUGGUUCUAUCGGCAUGUGGAAGCGCACAGCCUGUGCUGUGAAUACCAAGCCGUUGGCAAGGACAACCAUGUGGUGCUGUGUGGCUGGAAAGAGUGUACCAGCACCUUCAAGGACCGCUGUAAGCUUCGAGAGCACCUCCGCAGCCAUACCCAGGAGAAGGUGGUGGCCUGCCCCACGUGUGGAGGCAUGUUUGCCAACAACACAAAAUUCUUAGAUCACAUUCGGCGUCAGACUUCAUUGGAUCAGCAACGCUUUCAGUGCUCCCACUGUUCCAAGAGGUUUGCCACAGAACGGCUGUUGAGAGACCACAUGCGCAACCAUGUGAAUCACUAUAAGUGCUCUCUCUGUGACAUGACCUGCCCGCUGCCCUCCUCCCUCCGCAACCACAUGCGCUUUCGCCACAGUGAGGACCGGCCCUUUAAAUGUGACUACUGUGACUACAGCUGCAAGAACCUGAUUGACCUCUGGAAGCACCUAGACACACAUAGUAAGGAGCCAGCCUACAGGUGUGACUUCGAGAACUGCAGCUUCAGUGCCAGAUCCCUCUGCUCUGUUAAGUCCCAUUUCCGCAAAGUCCAUGAAGGGGACUCAGAGCCAAGGUACAAAUGCCAUGUGUGUGACAAAUGUUUCACUCGGGGCAACAAUCUCACCGUGCACCUUCGCAAGAAGCAUCAGUUCAAGUGGCCUUCAGGGCACCCCCGUUUUCGUCUCCAGGCCAUUUCAGCAGCCCUGCCUAUGUUUGCUGCCCUUUAUGCUCCCCCAGGUACAAGGAGCAUGAAGAUGGCUAUAUGCGGCUGCAGCUGGUUCGCUAUGAGAGUGUGGAACUGACGCAGCAACUGCUACGGCAGCCCCAGCAGGGAUCGGGUCUGGGAGCAUCGCUGGAUGACAGUAGCCUGCAGGGCAUCCUUCUAGAAACAGUGCCAGGGGAGCCGGGCCCUAAGGAGGAAGAGGCUGAAGAGGGUGGUGAAGGGAUGGCCCUCCCAGCCCCUCA